AUGGCCCAUCAUAAAGAUCAGUCCUUCGCCAGCCGCUUUUUUCACCGCUGCCUUAAUAAAAGUUACCAGGACCAGAGAGGACAGGAGAGUGAGCUGCCGCAUGUCUCAGAGUACACCAUACUUUGGGAUAAGUUGAUGAAAGAGUUCUUAGCCAAAGCCAAAGAGGAUUUUCUAAGAAAGUGGGAAUGUCCUCCUCAGUGCACAACUGGCCUGGAUGAUUUUGACCGUUUCAAGACGCUGGGUACCGGCUCAUUUGGCCGUGUUAUGCUCGUCAAACACAAAGGCACAAACCAAUUCUAUGCUAUGAAGAUCUUGGACAAACAGAAAGUGGUGAAGCUAAAGCAGAUAGAACACACUUUAAAUGAAAAGAGAAUUCUGCAGGCUGUGUCCUUCCCCUUUCUGGUGAGACUGGUGUACGCUUUCAAAGACAACUCAAACUUGUAUAUGGUGAUGGAGUAUGUGCCUGGCGGAGAGAUGUUCUCACAUCUUAGACGCACUGGGAGAUUCAGUGAAAAUCAUGCACGGUUUUAUGCAGCUCAGAUUGUACUCACUUUUGAGUACCUUCACUCAUUAGACCUAAUCUACCGAGACCUAAAGCCAGAAAAUCUGCUCAUAGAUCAACAUGGCUACAUUCAGGUGACAGAUUUUGGAUUUGCGAAGAGGGUUAAAGGCAGGACCUGGACGUUGUGUGGGACCCCUGAGUACCUGGCUCCAGAAAUUAUCCUCAGCAAGGGCUACAACAAAGCUGUGGACUGGUGGGCUCUGGGGGUACUGGUUUAUGAGAUGGCUGCCGGUUACCCUCCUUUUUUCGCUGAUCAACCAAUUCAAAUAUACGAAAAGAUUGUAUCUGGAAAGGUACGAUUCCCUUCUCACUUCAGUUCAGAUUUGAAGGAUCUCCUUAGAAAUCUACUCCAAGUAGACCUGACGAAGAGAUUUGGUAACCUGAAGAAUGGGGUAAACGACAUUAAAAAUCACAAGUGGUUCUCGUCAACAGACUGGAUUGCCAUCUAUGAAAGAAAGAUUGAGGCUCCUUUCUUGCCAAAGUGCAGAGGACCUGGAGACACAAGUAACUUUGAUGACUAUGAAGAGGAGGAGAUCCAUGUGUCCCAAACAGAAAAGUGUGCAAAGGAAUUUGCUGAGUUCUAG